GGGGUUGUUGUGAAGCUGCUGGGAACACGUGAAUCAACGUCAUCAUAAACAUUAGUAGCCAAGAUGGCAGCUCCGGCAGGGGGAAAGGUUGUAUAUGAACAAGAAGGAGUUUUUGUUCAUUCUUCAAGUGAAAAUGAUGAAGAUCAUGAUGCUUUACAAUCUGGAUUAUUGCGAGUUAUUGAAAAGGGUACUGAGGUGAUAAUAGAUUGGAGACCUCUGGAUGAUUCAUUAGAUUCUUCUAACAUUCUAUAUGCUAAAAAGGAUUCCAGUUCAGUUGUAGAAUGGGUGCAGACUCCUAAGGAGAAGAUUUUCAGAGGGCCAGAACAUAUGAACAGUUAUGAAGCAGAAUGGGAUAUGGUCAACACUGUCUCUUUUAAAAAGAAGCCACAUUCAAAUGGAGAUGUUGCAGUUCGUACAACUGGCGAGAACAAGUGGUCCUUCUUUUUCAGUUUAACAGAUUUAAAAUCAGUUAAACAAAACAAAGAAGGAAUGGGAUGGUCCUAUUUGGUAUUCUGGUUAAAGGAUGAUGUUGUCCUUCCAGCUCUUCAUUUUCAUCAUGGUGAUAGCAAUUUAUUCAUCCAAACACUUAGAAAAUAUGUGGUGCUUUGUGAAUCUGAACAGGAUAAAAGGGUUCUUGUGAAUUAUCAGAGUAUUUCACAGUCCUUUGAAAAUCUCCUUGAUGAACCAACAUGUGGCCUAAUACAGAAAUUGAAAAAGGAUCCUUACACAACAACAAUGGGAAGAUUUUCCAAAGUGACAAACUAUAUUUUUGAUAGCUUACGAGGAAAUGACUCACUAAAUGAGCAGCGGCCUCCAUCAGAAAUGGCAGAUUUCAUUAGUGAUGCUAUUCCAGGACUAAAAAUAAAUCAACAAGAAGAACCAGGAUUUGAAGUCAUUACACGAAUUGAUUUAGGAAAACGACUUGAAGUUCAUAGAAAGCAACCAGUAUCAAUUGAAGAAUGGACUAAGAAUAUGGAUUCUGAAGGAAGAAUAUUGAAUGUAAACGCUAUGAAACAAAUGAUAUUCAGAGGGGGGCUUUGUCAUGCUUUGAGGAAGGAAGUGUGGAAAUUCCUGUUGGGUUACUAUUCGUGGAAUACUACCAGGGAUGAGAGGACAAGUAUGCAGAAAAGGAAAACAGAUGAGUAUUUCAGGAUGAAGCUUCAGUGGAAAUCUGUCAGUGAAGAACAAGAAAAAAGAAACACUAGACUGAGGGAUUACAGAAGUCUUAUUGAAAAGGAUGUAAACAGAACAGAUAGAACAAAUAAAUUUUAUGAGGGUCAAGAUAAUCCUGGAUUGAUACUACUUCAUGACAUUUUGAUGACCUAUUGUAUGUAUGACUUUGAUCUGGGAUAUGUUCAGGGAAUGAGUGACUUACUUUCACCUAUUUUAUAUGUGAUGGAGAAUGAAGUGGAUGCUUUCUGGUGCUUUGCAUUGUACAUGGAUCAAAUGCAUCAAAAUUUUGAAGAGCAAAUGCAAGGUAUGAAGACACAGUUAAUUCAACUGAGCACUUUACUUCGCCUAUUAGAUAGUGGAUUCUGCAACUAUUUGGAAUCUCAAGAUUCAGGCUAUCUUUAUUUUUGUUUCCGAUGGCUUCUAAUAAGAUUUAAAAGAGAAUUUAAUUUUCAAGAUAUUCUUCGCUUAUGGGAGGUGAUGUGGACAGAUUUGCCUUGUCAGAAUUUCCACCUUCUUAUAUGCUGUGCUAUUCUGGAAUCUGAAAAACAACAAAUAAUGGAGAAACAUUAUGGCUUUAAUGAAAUACUCAAGCAUAUCAAUGAAUUGUCUAUGAAAAUGGAUGUGGAUGAUGUACUUUGCAAAGCAGAAGCUGUUUCUAUGCAGAUGAUGAAUUGCAAGGAAUUACCUCAAGCAAUUUGUGAAAUUUUGGGAUUAGAAAAUAGUGCUAUGAUAACACCAGAUUCAGAUGCUGGGGAAGAUGAGGCUGUUGAUGGGAUGAGUUGCCUUGCAUCAGCAUCUCCAAAUGUUUCUUUGCUUGCUGCUGCCGACAAAAGGAAUGAAAGAAUUCAACAAGUGAUACACACAGACUCUACAAACUAAUGCUUGUGUAAUUGAUUUUAUUGUUCAACAGGCAGUUUAUUACAACUGUUUUGUUUCAGGCACUUGGGUUGAUAUUUUGAGUUUGUGUUAAUUAAGCUUUAAUGAAUUGGGAAAGAAAUCAUGUACUGUAAUACUUCUACAUCAAAGCUUUACAUGACAUUAUUUUUAUAGUUUCUUCUACCAAAAUAGCCUUCCGUUUUUCCAGUAACAUUCCUUAAUACAUUUGUAUAAAAGUGCAUUUUUUUGUCUUCAGUGAAAUGAGAAUCAGGCAGUGUAAAUGACAUGAAAUAAAGGGAUCUAUUCCUUGUACUU